AUGCUUGCUGAAGGAAAUGAUGAUGAGGGCACUGGCCCAAUUCAGCAAUCAGCGCUUGUGAUGGAAGAUGAUGACAUUUCCCCUGAGUACUUGGAGGCCAUGCUGUCCCAAGAUGACCCUGACGCUGUGAUGGUGCAGGCCUUUGAGACGGAGUUUGAAGACUUUGUCCAAGAGACACCAUCCAUGCAGACAGCCUUGGUGAGCUACCUGGAGUCCAAUUUCAAGGGCAAAGGCAAGGUGGGCAAAUCCUUUUCCAAGGGCCAGGGCCGACAAAACCUCUUGGCCAAGAUUGCAAAGAGCCGAUGCCGUCACUGCAACCAGCUUGGCCAUUGGAAGGCCGAGUGUCCUUUGAGGGAGAAGGAGAAUCCUGGACCACCUUCGGCAUCAAGCGGACCCCCAUCAGCAGCUGCCAACAUGGCGAACGAGCUCCACGAUGGUGCUGAGAUGAUGCAGGCUGAUGACAUGGAGAUAUUCACGGAGAAGGAUCUGAUGGACCCCUCCGGGACCAAUGAGACUGCCUGUGAGUUUCUGCCUGAAAUGCCUGUCCUGCAAGCUAGCGAGGAGCAAUGUGCCCAUGCCAUACUAGAUACCGGUGCCAGCCGAUGCAUCAUCGGAUCACAGACCCUGAGUUGCCUUUUGCAGCGCCUGCCAAGUGAUGUCAAGUCUCACGUGCAGCAGCGACCCAGCCAGAUCAAGUUUCGUUUUGGAAACAACCAAACGCUGACCAGCAUGUACAAAGUUUUGUUGCCCUUGAGCCAUUCAUCAGGUGAAAAGGAGACGGCCAACAUCAUCAUGGGCACAUUGACCUUGGUUCUGCAGGUUUCCAUGAACAUGAUCGAAGUCAAGGACAGCCAUCGUCCGGAAGAAGAGGAACAGAUGCCCCUGCUGACAAGUCAGCUUCAAUCAAUGUGCCAAGAGAUGAUGCGCCAACGUGCCCUACUGCAAAGAUUGGCGGAGAGCCAGAAUCGAGUGACAAGCCCGGGGAUCAUGACCCCGCCUCAGAUCUCAAGCUUGCCUUUGGAACAACUGUCAAUGCCAUUGCAAGCAACCCUGAGCGACGAGGAGGAGAUCGACGACGCCUUUUCUGUGGGCCAUUCCCAAGAAUCUGAAGAGUCCCGAGAAGAAGCAGCGCGCAGCCUCCAGCCGUGCGGCAGCCCAACCACCAGCCCUCGAGAACGUGCCAAUGCCAAUGCCAUCCUCUCCGGCCGAAGCUCCGACGUGCUGAGCGAGGACAUGGGCUACUUCGAAUGGAGUCUGUCGCGGUACCGCUCUCUUCCUCCUCAUCAGCAAGAUUUCGUGGACUUCUGCAGAGCCCAAUUGGAGAACGAUGCGGCACAGGAUCGUGCCAUGCUUCUGAAUGUGCGCCGGCUUGCCUGUACAGAUCGUUUUCAGGUUCCUGUGUCUGCUCCACCGUCACACGAAUCCCCAUGGUGUCAGACCCUUUGCGUCCACCGUAGAGAUGGCACAUUACGUGACCUAGGCAUUCGGAAUUGGCAUGCGUUAACCCGAGCUCAAAGAGUCACCAAGACCAUUCCCAGCCGUUUGACACUGACCGUUUUCGGUAACUACAAAGAAGCUGAAAGCCAUGAUGAGCCAUCUUCACCGAAUGCCGAAGAUCCCAUGGUUCCAAGUGAUACCAACUCUCGAGUGCCAGCAGUUGAUUCUUUUGCAAAGGUUCCUGAUCCGAAGACCGUAUGUGAAGGGUGGGCUCCACCACCAACUCCGUUGCAUGGCCCCUGUUUUCGUGCGUUGGCAAGUGAUGAGAAACAGCAAUUGGUGAAACUGCAUAAGAACCUUGGUCAUCCUGAUCCAAUGGUUUUGUCAGCGCACUUGAAAGCACAAGGUAGUGACCUUGAAAGCGAAAGGUUCCGCACCCUUUUAGAAAGACGAACACGGGCUCGCCAAGCUUUUAUCCUUUCAGACAAUGCAGAAGCCAUUCGAAGAGCAACCUUGAGGCAAUCCCGACCCAUGCGAGGUCCUUUUCAACCUGGACAACUUGUGUUGUACUGGGCGAAACGAAGCAUCCCCAAUCGAAGUGAUGUAGGACGCUGGCAUGGUCCAGCUCGAGUCAUUGUUCAAGAAGGAAAUUCAAUUGUGUGGUUGUCCCAUGCCAACCGUUUGAUUCGCCGCCCUCCAGAGAACAUUCGACCUGCAUCACUCCGCGAGUGGAAUACAUGGAGCGACCACCUGCCUGAAGUCCGAGAUCUGCCGCAAAAUAUGCCUGUUCCACAAAUAGUCCCAGAUGAAUCUCAAGAAAAUGAUGCCGUGAAUGAUGAAUAUUCACCAAGUCUUGCACCGGACCCUCAACAGCCUGUUCCACCUGACGAACAACCUGAAGGAGAAGCAUCCCAUCCACCUACUGUAGGAUCAGGCGAGACCACUCCAACUGCAGAAUCCGAUAAUGAUGAUAACCCCCCUAAUGAAGAUAACCCCGAAGAGAGUUUCCUACUCCAAGCCACCAAUAUUUUCGAACAGAGCAAUUCCUCAAAUGCAGAUCAAGAUGAACUCAUGAUGUUCGACACUUUCUAUUCUGCAGGAUGUCCAACAGAAACUGUGUGUUUAGCUGAAGACGGGAUGCCGUUCAUUGACAAUCCUCUUGAUUGCAGCACUGAAGAAUGUUUUGUCCUUGACAUUCCCUUAAAGUCGGCAGACCUGACAGCGUGGAGCCAAGAAUCCAAUCCGUCAGACAUGGCUUGUAUAGCUGCGGCUAGUCAACGUGCAAGAUCGGAGGUUCAAGUGAAAUACCUCUCCGAUAGCGAUCGAAAGCUGUUCGAUAUUGCCAAG